AUGGGCGUGAUAUAUUAUGAUAUUCAGAUAGUGAUGCCAAUAGGUGCAACUAAACAGAUUUCCACCUUAAACAGUCUGUUAAGAAACUCAGAUUUUGUUACAUUACAUGUACCUGAAAAUUCUGAAACUUUCAAUUUAAUAGGUAAAUCACACUUUGAUCUCAUGAAAGCGGGUUCAUACAUAAUAAACACAUCCAAAGGAAGUACGCUAGAUAUGGAUGUCUUAAUCAGAACAUUAGAAUCCAAGAAAAUUAUGGGAGCUGCUUUGGACGUGUAUCCUAAUAAGCCUUUAAAAGAUACAGAAAACAUUUCCAAUAAUCAUUUAGAAAAAUGGUUGAAUAAAUUAUCUAAUCUACCUAAUGUUAUAUUAACUCCACAUAUAGGUGGAUCCACAGAAGAAACAGAAAAAAUCAUUAAUGAAAAAGUAUCUAAUACCUUAAUUAGUUAUAUAAAUGAGGGCAAUUCCAUCGGUGCAAUAAAUUUCCGACAGAUUGAAUUAAAAUCAGAUGCACACCAUAUCAAAUCAACAGAAAGACCUAUGGAUGAUAAUACAAAUCUAGUUCGUGUACUAUACAUCCACAAAAAUAAGCCAGGGGUAGUAAAGACAAUCAAUAGCAUAUUGCGGAAAUACAACAUUGAAAAACAAUGUUACGAGUCCACCAGUUCAAUAGCAUAUCUAGUAACUGAUGUUAUGACAAGUAGUUAUUCAAAGAUAAUAUAUAUAUAUAUAUAUGAACAACUGGAAGCUACGUCUAAGAAAAUUCUAAUUAGAUAG